GGGCACCGCUGUCAUCUCGCGGUAUUUGGCCGGUGUCCCGGGUGAGCCUGUCCUUGAGCCGCUCGGCGAUGGGUUACUGGGAUUCGGCAGAUGGCGAGGAAUGUUUCAGCAAAACCUGGGAGACUACUCGGGCCGGGGCUGGCCUCGGCCUCGUUGGCUCAGCCUAUCAUAUUGUUGCAUUGCCGCCUACAAAUGCUGUUGAAGCAUUGCAGAGAGCAACCAAUGGCACCUUAACUAUGGCUGCUCUUGGUGCAAUUUUUGGAGUGACCACUUGCCUAACUGCGCAAAUCCGAGAAACAGAAAAUGAUCCAUUGAAUUAUUUCAUUGGAGGUUGUGCUUCAGGAAUUUUUCUUGGAGUGAGAGCUCACAGCUACAUGACUGGUACUUCAGCCUGCCUUGGCCUUGGCGUAAUUGCAGCUCUCACGAAGAUGGGCAAGAUGGAAGGUUGGCGCUUAGCAGGACCUCCCAAACUUUGAAAACAGCUCAAGCAGCACCAACUAUUGUAAUAUACUGUAUCCAGUCCAAUAAAACAAAUAUAAUUCUG